AUGAAAUCAAUUCUAAUAUGUAUUACAAUUCUUUGUAUUCUUAUUAAAAUAAAUAAAACAGCUGAACUAUAUUCAUCAUCACAAAUACGUUGUAUGGAUGGAAAUCAUUUAAAUUGUAAUAAUUCAUUAUUAUCUCCAACAGAUUUUCAAUGUGUUUCAGCAGUCAUUCCUAGAACUAAUACACAAGAACAAUUUAAUACAACAAUGUGCAUUCCUUCUUCAUCCAAACAACAUAAUAGUAAAAUAAAUAUUUCACAAGCAAAACUUCCACCUAUUAUGGCAUCAUCUUGGUCAGCAGCAACAACAAUAUAUUAUAAUAUGUGA